CUUUGCGAAAGGCACGCGCGGGUACGAAACGUUUAAACAAUGCCACAUACGCACUAGUUAACCAAGAAUCGAAAAGUGAGACGAUAUAUAAGUAUGGACAUUAUUAUUUUCAUUGCAAAGGAUGCAGAGUGCUAUGAUUUUAUAAGGUAAAAACGGUACAAGUUGCCGCGUCGUACCCAAGUCUUGUUCGAACCUAAAUAAUUAGCACUGCGGCGCGAGAACAUGAUCCUAAAUUUAAAUAUUAAAUCUGCACGAUCGGUGUUUCUCUCAUUUCCUCAAAACGCUAGACGACAGGCAGCGUGACAAACAAGCUCUCGCUCUGCGUACACGAUGGCCCGAAGCGCGUCCCCGAUGAGCGCGCGGCUCCCGUUCCACGCCCACUUUUGCAAGAUCCCCUCCCCCAAACAAGGACCGUCUUGUUUUCGGUUCGGUGUCAGCAGGAAGGACAACAAACGUGCCCACGCAUUCCACACAGGGCAGUGGUCACAGAAUGAGUAAAAGGAGAGGCAUCUUCCCCUGUGGAAGCAGACCCAGCAAGACACCAAGGAACAAAGAUGUGGAUGAUGGUAACACAGGGGACCUUGAACAAGACCCUGAAGACCCUGGAGAGAGCUCCCCUCCUAGCACUUCGACAGCUGGAGACAUCGGUAUCAUUGAAAGUAUCACUUUGAUGAACUUUAUGUGUCACCAUUCUCCAAAGACCUUGCAUUUUGGACCUAAUGUGAAUUUUAUAGUUGGCAACAAUGGAAGUGGAAAAAGUGCAGUUUUGACAGCUCUCAUUGUUGGCCUUGGUGGAAAGGCAAUAGUUACAAACAGAGGACAGUCACUGAAGGGCUUUGUGACAAACGGAGAAAGGUAUGCAGACAUAAAAAUACAGUUACGAAACAGAGGAACAGAUGCAUACAAAAGGGACGAUUAUGGCAAUUCUAUUACAGUUGAGCAGCGGCUCACCAGUGAUGGAUGUCGAACGUACAAAAUCAGGAGCGAGAUCGGACAGAUAGUUUCCAAUAAGAAAGAAGAGCUAACUAACAUUUUGGACCAUUUUAGCAUUCAGAUAGACAAUCCAGUGUCAGUCCUCAACCAAGAAAUGAGUAAACAGUUCCUCUACUCAAAAAGUGAAGCUGAUAAAUACAAGUUUUUCAUGAAAGCCACCUUGCUGGAGCAGAUGAAACUGGAUUAUAUCCACAUCAAGCAAACGAAAGAAUUAACUCGAGAUCGGGUUGGCACACAGGAGAAGUAUCUCAGAGAUCUCAGAAAGAAGUAUCUGCAGAAAAAGGAACGUUAUGACAGUUUGUCUUCGCUGGACGAGAUGAAAAAGAAGCUGGAGGACCUUCAGCAUGAGAUGGCCUGGUCUCUCGUAGCUGAGCAAGAGCGACAGAUUCAGCAGCUUCAAGAACAGAUUGAAAAUGCAGAGUGCAGUAAUCCAUAUGAAGACAACGUAAAGAUGUUUCAGAUUAAAGUCAGUCAAGCUCAAAGAAAAUGCCAGGAAAUCCAGCAGAAGCUUGACACAGUGAAAGGCAAGGAAGAGAAUUUGGAGGAAGAGAGGCGCAAAUUGAGAGAAGAUCUAACAACGAAAAGUAAAGCCCAGAAAGAGCAAGAGGUGGUGGUGUUUCGUGCCAAGAAUAAACUGAAACAAUUAGAAGCAUAUCAAGUUCUUCUUCAGGAAAAAAUUCAGACACUAAGAGAGAGCGCACAUCCCAGUCGCGAGGCAGAGAUCUUGGAACGGCAAAGCAAAAUAUCAACACUCAGACAGCAGCUGGACAGGCAUGAGAAUGAAGGCAAAGAGCUGAAUCGGCAGAUUACAGACAAGCAGCAGGUGCUCAUGAAAGCAAAGGAGGAAUCUGGCAAGUUAAGACUUGAAGAGAAGAAUAUCCAGGCUUCCGUGGAGUCGAAACAGAGGAGGAAAAGCCAGCUGAUGGCCAGCAGGUCGAACAGGCUGCGGAGAUUUGGGAAUCAGUUCCCUGAGUUAUUGAUGGCUAUUGAUAAUGCACACACUGAGGGACGUUUUCUUAAGAAACCCAUCGGUCCCGUAGGUGCCUGCAUCAGCUUGAAGGAUCCAAGUCUGGCUGUUGCGGUCGAGAGCUGCCUGCGAAACUUCACAAAAACCUUCUGCUGUCACAGUCACAAGGACGAGAAAGUCCUUGAGGCUUUGAUGUCCCGCUACUUUCCCAGAAUCUAUCGGCCAGGAAUUAUUGUGAUGCCUUUCGCAGACCAAGUGUACAACACUGCAGGGCGCUGCGUUAAGCAUCCCGAAUUUCCUUCGGUAUUGGACGCCCUUGUGAUUCCUAGUCCUGUCAUCGCUAACUGUCUCAUUGAUAUGAGGAGCAUAGAGACCGUUUUGGUCAUCAAAGACAGGGUCACAGCACGAAGAGUCAUGCAACAAGGCAAACCACCCAGAAACUGCCGCGAAGCGUUCACCAGCGAAGGAGACCAGGUCUUUGCCGACCGUUACUACUCUGCCGAAUCAAGUAUGGCCAAGUAUCUUGGGGCAGAUGUAGAGGCAGAAAUUCGCCUGGUGGACUCGGAGCUGGAGAACGCCACGGCCCAGCUCUCCAGGUUCCACGCACACAUAAAUUCUGUCACGCAGAACAUUCAUCACAUGGAGGUGGAGCUGCAGAGCCUCAUGGUCAGGUCGAAGAAGAACCAGGCUUGUAUUACCCGAGUGAAAGCCACCAUUGUGGAACUGGAGAACACUGAAGAACUGCAGAGAGAUGACAUCAGCUCCCUGGAGGAUGAGGCCCAGGAAAAUUUGCAGAAAGCUGAAGCAGUGAAACACAGCUUAAGGGAAGCUGAAGAAGAGCUGGACAGGCUGAAAGCCCUCAUGACAGAAACCCAUUCCAAGCACAAGGAAAUGAAGAGUGAAAUAGAAAAGCUGCAGGAGCAGGCUGGGUCUUUACCGGAGGAGUUCCACAGUGCAGAAGCAGAGUGUAACACACUUGAGUGCACCUUGAACAAGUGGGAGAUGGAGCAGAGAGAACAUGAAGAGAACCUUCAAGCCAUGAGGAGUGAGCUUAUCUCCAAAAAAGAGGAAGUUCAGGAACUUGAGACAACAGCCAGACUGAUCUGCCCUGAGCGGCGUCCAGUGGAAAGGAGCAUUGAGUCUGUCAAUGCAGAAAUGACCUGCUUCCGACAAAGGAUUCUUGAGCAGCAGAGUCAACACGGUGACCAGGAGCAGAUCAUCAGGGAGUACGCUGAGGCCCUGAAGAGCUACCAGGAGGCUGCCAACCAAGUCAAAGAUCUGAAGAGAUUCAUUGACUGUCUUGACAAUAUAAUGAAUGACAGGUUGAUGCGCUUCAAAAUGAUGCGAAGAUCCAUUGCUGUGAGGUGCAAGCUGUACUUCAGCAAUUUCCUGAUAAAGUUAAACUGCAGCGGAUCAAUGAUAUUUGACCAUACCAAGGAGACCCUCUCUAUCUCGGUGAAGCCCCCGGGCUGCGAGGAUGAUAGUGUUAACGAUGUGCGCUCACUCUCUGGUGGGGAGCGGUCCUUUGCCACAGUCUGUUUCAUCCUCGCACUGUGGGAGAUCACUGAGUCACCUUUCAGGUGUCUGGAUGAGUUCGACGUCUACAUGGACAUGCACAAUCGCCGUAUUUCGAUGGACUUGCUUGUGCAGCUGUCAGAAAGGCAAUAUGGGCGUCAGUUUAUUUUCAUAACUCCUCAAAAUACAAGCACCCUUCCUGAGAGCAACCUGAUUAAGAUUAUUAACCUUUGAAGUCCAGGAGUUCAGUUCAAGACGGGCUUCAGAUGAAGAGGAAAACUAGUAGAACCUCCAUAUUCUUUAUUGUAAAUAUGUGAUACACAAAAUGAUAAAUAAAUUUUGAAUAUUUGAAGUUAAUUUUCAGAAACUGAAAAUAUCUGUAUGCAGUACUCACCGUUUUCCGCAUGGUGCCAGCGAGACUUGGGGUCCCAUGCAGAGUGUACCCCUCCUAAAAUAGUACCCAAUGCGUCCAGGAUAGGCUACCAACCACUAUGACUCUGAUAAGGUUAACAAAAGUGAGCGAGUGAGUGAGCGAUUAAGUGGAUUUUCAGGUCUGUCAGAACAAUGUUAAUGUAAUUGUUCAUUACAUCGAUAUAUACUAUAUUUACAUGCAA